AUAUAGAGUAUUUUACUUGAAUUCCUUCAUUUGGAGUGUGAAAUUCUUUUGAGAUUGUAAAGGUAUUUAAACAUGCUUUUGUCAUUUAAAUGUAUGAAUACGCAUUUAACUAACCUUUGCAAGUAAAUAUCAAAUUUAUUAACAAGCAAUUUAAAAUAAGCUACGGGUCAAAUUGAUUAUUGCCUUUUAUUUAAGCCAUAGCUCGCAUGUUUAUUAUUAUGCAUGCACAAACAAAUAUGACCUUAUUCAAAAGAGAUGCCUAUAGGCAAUGUAGUUUCAGAAUAUUUGUUGUUUUUGUCUUAUUUCAAUUGUCUUAUCUUUUUCUCAUAUUUUUUGGAUAACUCAGAGCCAGCUUGCCUUCUAGAGUUGAUUAGAUUAUUCGAUUUUAUUUGGUUAGUUUUCAGUUAAUUAGGUUAUUUAAUUUAUUGUUCUUGCAUGAUGUAAAUAUAUUUUACUGCUUAACCUAUGGACUAUACAAUGCAUGUAUUUAUACUGCGCUUGUGAAAAGAUAGCCAUUGAUAAAUUGAUAGACUUGUCCCAGUCGGAUCAGUAGAUGGCUCUUCAUUAGACCACCUUAAUGUUAAACUGCGCGCAUAUCUUAAUUUAAGUUCAAAACAGUAAGCGCAGCGCGUUUGAUUUCAACCUGGAUUUUAUAGACAUCGCACCUGUUGAAUUUACAUGGGUAAUUUAACAUCUGGGCUAGCCUACUUCUCUGCACUGAUGUUUUAUUAUCCAACAAGUUUAUUUGCAGUUUUCCAAUUUAUUGUUUGUAUAUCAACUAAUAAUCCUAAUCUAUAGUAUUUUAUUUGUAUUAUAUUUUUAUAACAUUUUUAAUGCAGGAAUUAUUAAUCAAAAUCUAUUUGUUUUACCUAUCUUUUUCUCCCAAUUUGACUUUUCUACCAUCUGUAGCUGCAGUUGCAACAUGGAGAACAAUUCCUAUGUGGUCAAAAUGAAUGGGAAUGGUGUCAAUGAAAAGAAUGCUCUCAAUGGAAACGGUCUUAAUGGGAAUGAUAUCAAUCAUAAGACUGUGAAUGGCAGUGUUUAUACAGCCAAGCAGAAGAGCAGCAGGCAGCGAUGGAACAUCCGGCCCUCAGAGAUGUCAAACAACACCUUGAAUCCCAUCCGUGCCAUUGUGGACGGGAUGAAGCUCACACCCAAUCCCGAGAAGCCCAUGAUUGCUCUAUCCAUUGGUGAGAUGCUACACCACUAUCUCAUUUGAAUAUGCUCAGUGUGUUCACUUGUGAUGUGCAGUUGUCCAGAAUGAUGUUUCUUAUGUACUCCUUUGUCUUCCUGUCACACCAUCAGGGGACCCUACAGUGUUCGGGAACCUGCCUACCAAUGAAAAAGUUAUCCAGGCCAUGAAGGAUGCCAUUGACUCACACAAAUACAACGGCUAUGCUCCAUCUGUUGGUAGGACUCAUACAAACACUUUAUCAUGGCACCAACACUUCAAAAAGCUUGUCAAGUGCAAAAAACUAAGGAUAGAGUGAGAUGUAAAGUAAAAGGGAUUCAUUUUUACAUUUCUUUUUUUACAUGGUAAUUUGGAGAAUGUGAGAUGAGGCACAGCGAAAGGUGGGGUUGGGUGGCUUGCAAGGGGGUGAGAGGUUGGAUGUUAAAGGAAUUUCAGUCAGGGAAGUUAAGAAAGCAAAGUGAAAUAGGGCCAAUUAACAGUCUGCAGAUGAACUGAAUAGGUUCCCCGCUAUUAUUGAUGAUGAUUGUAGGUCUAAUGACAUAUGCAUGCGAAAUCUCCCUUUCUCCCAGCAGACUACUGAAUACAGUAUACAGUACAAAAUAUAAGCUGUUGUCUUCUACUCAUCGACAGGUUAUCAGAAGAGCAGAGAGGUGGUGGCAAACUUCUACAGUUGCCCCGAAGCCCCCUUGGAGUCAGAGGUGUGUCCUGCAUGUCCUCGUUCAAACGUUAUUUUUCUUCACCAUAUAUUCACCUCUGUCUCUCUACUGUAACGUUUCCCCAGAACCAGAGGACAUACAGACCUCUAAACAUCUCUAGUUAUCUUCCUCUAUCUUCCUUGCAGGAUGUGCUUCUGACCAGUGGCUGCAGCCAGGCUAUAGAUCUGGCCAUCACAGUGCUGUGUAACCCUGGUGACAACAUCCUAAUCCCCUGCCCUGGAUUCUCCCUCUACAAGACCCUGGCUGUGUCUCUGGGCAUCCAGGUCAAACUGUACAACCUGCUGGUGAGUGCUGGAGGGAGAGGGGGAGGGAUUCAAAUGGGAGGGAGAGUGACAAAAACAUGUUUUGAGGAGAAGGAGCAAAAUAGAGGGAAAAUAAAGUAAACAAAGAAAAAAGCUGGCUGAUAUAGAUUUUUUGUGAAGAGAAAGAGAGAGGGAGGGAGAGAGCAAGAGAGAGCGAGGGCAAAUAAAAAUAUAUUGUUGAAAGGGAAAGAGCGGGGGAAAUGCUGAGUUCUUCCUCACUGGUGCACAUCUGGCACUUAUAAAUCACGUUGGAUGCUUUCUUUCCUUUAGGCUUACGCACGCACGCACGCAUGCACGCACGCACGCACGCACGCACGCACGCACGCACGCACGCACGCACGCACACACACACACACACACACACACACACACACACACACACACACACACACAUACUACAUACAUACAUACAAAUACAUAAAUACUUGGAGCUGCAUAUCAUUUUGAGUUUAAUUAGAAAUAUGAACUACUUUUGAAAACUGAAUUCAGGUCACUCUGGGACACAGUUGUAUGUCGUGACUCUUGAGGUCAUGGUGUUUACAUGACGACUGCACACAAUGUAAAGAGCUGCUACUGAGCCACCUUACAGAGCUCCCAUUAAACCAAACAACUCUCAAACCAGAGUAGUUUAUAGUCAGGCUACUCAUCUCAGGGUGCAGUCUUAGCUUACGUCAUUUUAUGUCUAGUCAUGGGCCUCUGCUAGCUGCCACCGCCGAGUCAGAGGUAUGUGUAGUGAGGGCACUAAGAGAUCAAAGGUCAGUUGAGACAGUUAGGGCAGUGCAGAAUCUGCAGAUAGGUUUGUGUGUUUUCCAGUGCAUGUGCCUGCUCUCUGCCUCACGGUGGCUUUGUCUGUCCUUGCAGCCAGAGAAGUCUUGGGAGAUCGAUCUCCAGCAUAUGGAAAGCCUGAUCGAUGACAGGACAACCUGCCUGAUCAUCAACAAUCCCUCCAACCCUUGCGGCUCUGUCUACAGUAAAGAGCACCUACAGAACGUCCUCUCUGGUGAGCUCUGUUCAUUCACCCCCUGGGCCACAGUGUUCCCUCUCACUAUAGCACAAUAUAAGUAUUUGGUUGAUAUUAUUAAUCCAGUUUAAAAAAACAAUUAUGACUUUGUCUAUUCUCUUGUCUAGUUGCCUCCAAAAAUUGCAUCCCAAUCCUGGCUGAUGAGAUCUAUGGUGACAUGGUGAGUUUAUACACACACAGAAGCACUCUCAGAAACAACCACAACACAGACAGACACUCAUACAGACUAAUACAGAACUGCCAUUGUGUCUGUUGCAUGAAAGGAGAGGAUAAUGUAUUGUCUUCUGGCAUUGAGGAGAUAUUGAGCUUACUAGGGUCUAACACAGGGUGGAUUGGGUUAUGAUGGUCUAUGGAGGUGUGGUGGAGUACAGUAAUAGCCAGGUCAAGCAUCCAGGAGGGGGCUUCUGUUUCUGGGGUAUAGCCUACAUGCUGGCCACUGGCCCUCAUGUAAUACAUAAUACCAGCGAGGCACAUUCUUUAACAUUCUGUAACAGGGAGGUUUUCCCUGGCUCAGCUCUGCUGGGUAUCCGAGGAGACCUGCCUGACACGUCCACAUCAGCACUGGGGGGAUUAGGGGUGUCACAGGCUGAAUGCGGAGCCUGGCAGUGGCGGGGCAACAGUGCUGGGGUUAGGUCAGCCAGGUCAAGUGAAGGAUGAGCCACAGAGGUAAUACUGUAGUAGUGCUUAGUGAUUAGUGCUUUUUGAGAUCGGUUCGGUUUUGUUUCGAUUAUUAAAAAAAUUGAGUUUUUGAUUUCAGUUUCGAUUAUUUUUUAAAAACAUUAAAAGCACUAUGCAUUAUGUGGGUUGAAUGCUGUAACAACACAGAAUAAAACAAUUAAUAAAAGUCCCAUGAUGCUUAUCACUUAUUAACCAUAAUUUAUUCACAUUACUUUAAUAACAUAUUUCAGUUGUUUUGUAUACUACAUUUGUUUUAUUUGAUGACUAUUAUUUAAUUCUAAGUCAUCAUCUCAUCUCUAUAGAGCUGCUGCCUGUGCUGUCUGACAAAAUCACUAUUUUAGUAGUUCUUCAAAGUAAAUAAGGCAUACUUUUAUGACUGCUGAAUAUCAACUAUCAAUCACUUAGAUAAUGUAUUUUCAGGUAGAGAUACCUUGCGAAGCAACAGCUGCUCUCUAUAUCACCUCAGAAUCGACAGUAGGCGGUCCUCUGCUCUGCUUUGAGGGUUGGAAUUAGUUUAGUAAUUUCCUAAAAUUGUUUAGAGAUUUAUUAUGGAAUAGUUUAAGGUAUUGGAAUUUGUUUUUAUCAUUGUUGGGGGUCAAACAUAUUAUAUUUUUCCAUUUAGAUUCUGUAAGGUUUUUUAAGGUGUGUUUAAUAGGGGAACAUAAUUUUGGCAGUAAUUCAUGCAUUGAUGAGAUUGACAAGAAAUCUGUGUUUUUUAUGAUUAGUCCCUGUGAGAAUAGAGAGAGGUAGUUGGGGUGACUGUGAAUCCUUUAGAGGCGGUGAUUGGUGUCAUUGAGUGCAGAAAUCACAAGAGCUCUGAAUCCACCAAUGUCUCACUCAGUACAACAGAAGUACUCAGAAUGACUGUGCAUUUUUUGCCGCAUGUGUUUGCGAUUAAUGCAGAUGUGAGGGUAGUAUAGUCCAAGAGCGGGUGGGAGGAAGUGGUUGGGGGUGGGAGGGCCCCUUUUUUAACGACAGGGCGCCUGUUUAGGGGCUGCGUGGAGGCAUGAUGUGUCUGGGCAGCAUCAGUUCCAUCUCACGGUUAGAGGGGAAUGUUUGGCAAGCACCAGGCUCUUUCCCUAAGGGCCCCUGUGGUCUCCUCUCUGUGGGAAAAACAUAGCUCAACGAGAGCUUAGAGUGGUGCACAAAAAGCUCUGUUGGUAAAUGUGUCUGAAGGUGAGGUUUAAGAUUGCUUUUUUCUGAUGAAAACUGUCAAGUUCACUUGUGCUAUCGACCAAUAGGAGCGGGGCGGAUCCCAAACGCGACAGUCAAGGCCUCAGCUCAAUGGAAUCAGCUUGCUACAGUUAAUGCUACCCAUGUACAAACCACUAUCUAUUUCUAUCUGCUCUCUCUCUCUCUCUCUAUAUCUCUCGCUCUAUUCUCGCUAUUAGCUAUAUCUAUCUAUGAACUCUCUCUCAUCUAUGAUCUAUCACUCUCUAGCUCUAUUAAUAUAUAUCUGCUUCUAUAAAUUAUCUAUGCUCUUCUCUCUCUCGCUCUCUCUAGCUCUCUCUCUCUCGCUAUUCUUCUUGUUCCUUCCCCCUUACCCGUUUUGCCGGGCCACCCCAAAAAAAGAAAAGGAACCCCGGGGAAAAAGAGCGAAACCCGGGGGAAAAAACCCCCAAAAAAACCCCCCCCCCCUUUUUUUUUUUAAAAAAAAAAAAAAAAAAAAAAAAAGUUUUUUUUUUUGUUUUUCCCCUUUUUCCCCCCCUUCCCUUUUUCCCCCCCCCUCUCCUCUUUCCCCUUUUUGUUUCCCCCCCCCCCCCCUUUUUCCUACUUUAAAUUUAGGGCCAGCCCCCUUUUUCCACCUUUAAAAAAAAUUUAAAAAAAUUUUUAAAAAAAAAAAAAUAAAUUUAAAAAAAAAAAAAAAAAAAGGGGAAAGGGGAAAAAAAAAAAAAAAAAAAAAAGGGGAAAAAAAGAAAAAAAAAAAAAAAAAAAAUAAAUUUUAAAAAAAAUUUUUUUUAAAAAAAAAAUUUUUUUUUUUUUAAUUUUAAGUUCCCUUUUUUUUUCUUUAUUUGCUUUUUCCUUUUUUCCCUUUUGUUCCCUUUUAUUUUUGGAUUUUUUCCCUUUAAAAAAAAAAAAAAAGAAUUUAAAAACCCUUUUUUUAAAAAAAAAUGGAAUUUAAAAGAAAAACUUUUAAAAAAAAUUAAAAUUUAAAAUUAAAAUAAAUUUCUUCUCUUUUUAAUAUUUAUCUUAAAUUCUUCUGUUUUCCCCCCCUUUUUUCCCCUUCCCCUUUUUUUUCCCCCUCUUUUUCCCCCUCCUUUUUUCCCCAAAAAUUUUUUCUAGUUUUUUUUUUGGUUUUUUUCCCCCUUUUUGCCCUUUCUCCCUUUAAAAAAAAAUUUUUUUUUUUUUUUUUCUUUUUUUUGCUUUCUCCUCUUUUUCCCCUUUUAAAUUAAUAAUUUUUCAAAUUUAAAGGGGUUUUGGAGGGAAAAAUUUUAACUUUAAAAAUUUUAAAAAAAAAAAAUUAAAAAAAAAUUUUAAAAGUAAAACAUUACAUCAGAGGUUUUCUUUAUCUCUCCCCUUUACUACCUCUUAUUCUGGGGGGCCCCCCGCUUUUUGCUCCCCUUGCAUAAUCUUUUCUAAAAAGUUUCUUUUUUCCUUUGCUCCCGUAUUCUCUCUUGUUCUUUUGAUCUAUCGUUUAAAUUAGAUCUUUAGUUUAACCCGCGUUUAUCUCAAAUCCUCUUUUUUGCCUAUUUUUCUUUUCUGUUUCCCGUUCCGUUUUUUUUCCCUCUUAUUUUUGUUUCCUCUCUCUCCCUUCUUCUCGCUUCUUCCUUGCAUUUCUCUUCCUCUUACUCUAUCUGCUCUCUCUCAUAUCUUCUCUUGCUCUAUUGCCUCUCUCUUUUUUGUCUUAUUUUCUCUCCUCUUCUAUUGCUUUUCUUCUCUUUCGCUCUGCUCUCUCUUCUCUCUCUCUCCUCUUUUCUCUCUCUCGCUCUCUCCUUGUCUCUCUGCUCUCUCUCUCUCUGCUCUUAUUUCUCCCCAAUUUUAAAAUUUCAAUUUUAAAUUUUAAAGGGGUUUUAUUUGCAUGGGAAACUUAUGUUAAAUUUUCCAAAGCAAAGUGAAGUAGAUAGUAAACAAAAGUUAAAUAAACAAUAAAUAUUAACAGUAAUCAUUACACUAGAAAGUUCUCUCUCUCUGUAUACAUCUCUCUACUAUCUCUCUAUAUAUACCAGCUCUCUUUAUAUCUCUCUUCUAUCUCUCUAAUAUUCUAUACUAUAUCAUAUGAAUAUAUCGUCCUACUUCGUCUAGCUAUGAUCUGAAUAUCUUAUGUCUCUCUGGUGAUCUUCUCUCAUAGCUAUACUAUUAUAUGAUCUUUUGAUAUAUAUAUUUGCUCUCUCUAUAUACAUGAUCUAUAUCUCUAUCUAUGACUAUAUAUCUGUCCUGAUAUAUCUAUACUGUCAUUUAUCUGAUAUAUCUGAUCAUCUCUCCGCUCUUCUUAUGUUAUCUCUCUAUAUUUGCUACAUCUCUAUCUUCUGCUCUCUCUCUGCUAUCGCUCUCAUCUAUUGCUCUUCUCUCUAUGCUCUCUCUUGUCGUCUCUCUCUCGCUCUCUCUCUGUCUCUCUAUCUGCUCUCUCCUAUCUCUCUACAGAAGUUCUCUCUCUCUCUCUCUCUCUCUCUAUCUCUCUCUAUUCUCAUCUCUUCUUCUGAUCUCUCUGACUCUUCUCCUCUCUAUCUCUCUGCUCUUCUCUGCUCUCUCUCUCUCUCUCUCUGCUCUCUCUCUCUCUCUCUCUCUGUUCUCUAUCUAUCUUUGCUCCCUGUCUCUCUCUCUCUGCUCUCAUCUCUCUGCUCUCUCUCUGCACUCUCUCGCUCUCUCUCUCUAUUGUCUAUCUCUCUGUCUCUCUCUUCGCUACGCUUCUCUCUCUCUCUCACUCUAUGUCUCUCUCUCUCUGCCUCUAUCUGCUCUCUCUUGCUCUCUCUCGAUCUCUCUCUCUCUCUCUGUUCUAUCUCUCAUCUUUGCUCUAUCUCUCUCUCUCUCGAUCUCUCUAUUCGCCCUCUCUCUCUCUCUGCUCUCUAUCUCUGCUCUCUAUUACUAUCUCUCUGCUCUCUCUCACUCUCUCUCUCUGCUCUCUCUCACUGCUCUCUCUCUUUUUGCUCUCUCUCUCUGCUCUCUCUCUCUCUGCUCUCUCUCUCUCUGCUCUCGCUCUCGCUCUCUCUCUCUCUUCGCUCUCUCUCUCUCUCUCGCUCUCUCUCUGUCUCUCUGCUCUCUCUCUCUCUGCUCUCUCUCUCUGCUCUCAAUUUAAAUUCAAUUUUUCAAUUUAAGGGUUUUAUUUGCAUGGGAAACUUAUGUUAACAUUGCCAAAGCAAGUGAAGUAGAUAGUAAACAAAAGUUAAAUAAACAAUAAAUAUUAACAGUAAUCAUUACACUCAGAAGUUCUCUCUCUCUGCUCUCUCUCUCUCUGUCUCUCACUCUCUCUCUCUUUCUCGCUCUCUGUCUCUCUCUCUCUCUGCUCUCUCUCUGCACUCUCUCGCUCUCUCUCUCUGUCUCUCUCUCUGUCUCUCUCUCUCGCUCGCUCUCUCUCUCUCACUCUCUCUCAAUUCAAUUCAAUUUCAAUUAUUUCUCUCUCUCUCUCUCUCUCCCUCUCUAUCUCUCUCUCUCUCUCUCUCUCUCUCUCUCCCUCUCUAUCUCGCUCUCUCAAUUCAAUUCAAUGUCAAUGUAAGGGCUUUAUUGGCAUGGGAAACAUAUGUUUACAUUGCCAAAGCAAGUGAAAUAGAUAAUAAACAAAAGUGAAAUGAACAAUACAACAUUUACAGUAAACUUUACACUCCAAAAGUUCCAAAAGAAUAAAGACAUUUCAAGUGUCAUAUUAUGUCUAUAUACAGUGUUGUAAUGAUGUGCAAAUAGUUAAAGUACAGAAGGGAAAAUAAAUAAACAUAAAUAUAGGUUGUAUUUACAAUGGUGUUUGUUCUUCACUGGUUGCCCUUUUCUUGUGGCAACAUGUCACAUAUCUUGCUACUGUGGUAUUUCACCCAAUAGAUAUGGGAGUUGAUCAAAUUUGGAUUUGUUUUCGAAUUCUUUGUGGGUCUGUGUAAUCUCAGGGAAAUAUGCGUCUCUAAUAUGGUCAUACAUUUGGCAGGAAGUUAGGAAGUGCAGCUCAGUUUCCACCUAAUUUUGUGGGCAGUGUGCACAUAGCCUGUCUUCUCUUGAGAGCCAGGUCUCUCUCAAUAGCAAGGCUAUGCUCACUGAGUCUGUACAUAGUCAACGAUUUCCUUAAUUUUGGGUCAGUCACAGUGGUCAGGUAUUCUGCCACGUAAUGUGCCAAGUAAUUAUAUUUUUGUUUUCUCAUGAUUUGGUUGGGUCUAAUUAUGUUGCUGUCCUGGGGCUCUGUGGGGUCUGUUUGUGUUUGUGAACAGAGCCCCAGGACCAGCUUGCUUAUGGGGCUCUUCUCCAAGUUCAUUUCUCUGUAGGUGAUGGCUUUGUUAUGGAAGGUUUGGGAAUCAAUUCCUUUUAGGUGGUUGUAGAAUUUAACGGCUCUUUUCUGGAUUUUGAUAAUUAGCGGGUAUCGGCUUAAUUCUGCUCUGCAUGCAUUAUUAGGUGUUUUAUGUUAUACACUGAGGAUAUUUUUGCAGAAUUCUGCAUGUAGAGUCAAUUUGGUGUUUGUCCCAUUUUGUGAAUUGUUGGUUGGUGAGCGGACCCCAGACCUCACAACCAUAAAGGGCAAUGGGUUCUAUAACUGAUUCAAGUAUUUUUAGCCAGAUCCUAAUUGGUAUGUCGAAUUUUAUGUUCCUUUUGAUGGCAUUGAAGGCCCUUCUUGCCUUGUCUCUCAGAUCGUUCACAGCUUGUGGACGUUACCUGUGGUGCUGAUGUUUAGGCCAAGGUAUGUAUAGUUUUUUGUGUGCUCUAGGGCAAUGGUGUCUAGAUGGAAUUUGUAUUUGUGGUCCUGGCAACUGGACCUUUUUUGGAACACCAUUAUUUUUGUCUUACUGAGAUUUACUGUCAGGGCCCAGGUCUGACAUAAUCUGUGCAGAAGAUCUAGGUGCUGCUGUAGGCCCUCCUUGGUUGGGGACAGAAGCACCAGAUCAUCAGCAAACAGUAAACAUUUUACUUCAGAUUUUAGUAGGGUGAGGCCAGGUGCUGCAGACUGUUCUAGUGCCCUCGCCAAUUCGUUGAUAUAUAUGUUGAAGAGGGUGGGGCUUAAGCAGCAUCCCUGUCUCACCCCCCGACCCUGUGGAAACAAAUGUGCGUGUUUUUUGCCUAUUUUAACCGCACACUUGUUGUUUGUGUACAUGGAUUUUAUAAUGUCAUAUGUUUUCCCCCCAACACCACUUUGGCCCUCAUGCCAAAUUGAGUCAAAAGCUUUUUUGAAAUCAACAAACAUGAGAAGACUUUGCCUUUGUUUUGUUUUGUUUGUUUGUCAAUUAGGGUGUGCAGGGUGAAUACGUGGUCUGUCGUACGGUAAUUUGGUAAAAAGCCAAUUUGACAUUUGCUCAGUACAUUGUUUUCACUGAGGAAAUGUUUGAGUCUGCUGUUAAUGAUAAUGCAGAGGAUUUUCCCAAGGUUGCUGUUGAUGCAUAUCCCACGGUAGUUAUUGGGGUCAAAUUUGUCUCCACUUUUGUGGAUUGGGGUGAUCUGUCCUUGGUUCCAAAUAUCGGGGAAUAUGCCAGAGCUGAGGAUGACGUUAAAGAGUUUAAGUAUAGCCAAUUGGAAUUUGUGGUCAGUAUAUUUUAUCAUUUCAUUGUUAGGCUCAAGAGUUUUCAUAUACCUCUCACUUCACACUUCCGUGCUAAUUGAAGUUGCAGCCAGUUCAGGUCAGUUCUUUCCUAGCAGCUUGGUAGCUUAGUAACCUUAUUUAUUAAGCUUUAUAUAACAAAAUUACCUAGAGAUUAUUGUAUUUUACUUUUUUGGUUCAGAAGUAGGUUCAGACUGAACAUUACUCACUCAGCUUUGUGUUGGAUGGUAUUUCCAGGUUCCGCUGUGUUUCUUCUGCAGGUUUUGGUUUGUUAUAAGUUUUUUUUCUUGAUAGUCCUUGGUAGUAAAAGUCCAUUCAGGUAAUUUUGUACAAAAUCAAGGUUUUAGGUAUGGAAAUUUGAUUUGGAUUGAAGGAUUUGAUGUUGAGGUUAGUAUCCUGUAUAAGUCCUUGCGAAAAAAUUCAAGUUUAUUGUCAUUUAUCUAACUCUAAUUCUAUCUUUUUGCAGAAGAACUCUGGAGCCCACGCUACCUCUCUCUCUCUCUCUCUCUCUCUCUCUCUCUCUCUCUCUCUCUCUCUCUCUCUCUCUCUCUCUCUCUCUCUCUCUCUAGGCAUACAGACUUUCCCCCCCCUAUACUAGCAGUUACAUAAAAAUUAAUUUGCAUUACAUCAAGUAAUGAAAUCCUGGCUCUCACAAACUCUGUUAUGGUCAAAUUAGUUUCAUAAUUGUUAACUAUUGAUAUACAUUUUUGCAUGUUGUUGUUUUUUAUGCUUUAUUUUUCAAUGGGUGACAGGGAUUAUGUAAUCAGAUUACAAAAAUUAAGUAACUGUAAUCAGCCCGUUUGGAGUUAUUUAAUUGUUUAAGAAAUUGUAAUUGGAUUACAUACUUAAAAACAGCUUAUUACAUUUUGAAUUACUUAAUCUAAAAUCAAAAUGUGGGCUGCAAGUGUUUGCCUCAAACACACUGAAAGGAUUUUGAGCAUCUUUGAAAGCUAUGUUGAGCCACACACCUUGAAAGUCACCUUAAGUGGAAAUUGAAGCUUUCCCCUCGGUUCUAAUCUAUUUGAUAUCUAAAAAACGGCCAAAUUUGCUCUCCUUGGUUGCUUUUAACAGAAAAGUAUUUUAAUUUAAAAAAGUCAGAUCCCACUUUCACUGGGAACUGAAACAUCAGGGUCUUUGUGUCAAAAGGACAUUUUUGAUUAGUCAACACAGCUCUAACUUUUUCACUUCCCAAGCACUUAGAUGACCUUUAAUCAGAUUUAUCUUGGAUCCAUCUCAUCUGUUGCAUUUCCUUUUUUACUGGCCAUAAUCUGCUUGGUGGCUGGGUGUAUUUUUCAAGUAAUUUGCCCAACCCUGAGUGUAGUUCUCUGUAGUGUGGAUAGAAUAUACGUGUAUCAGUAUAUAAAAACACUUUCCCUUUAGUGUAAACUAACGCUGUGAUUUGACAUUGUCCUCUACAGUGUUUUGUAUUGAUAUGAGUGUAUACUGUAUCUCCAUUAUCAGGUGUUUCCGGGUUGCAAGUACCAAUCUAUGGCGUCCCUCAGCAGUGAUGUGCCCAUCCUAGCAUGUGGCGGUCUGGCCAAGCGAUGGUUGGUCCCUGGCUGGAGGAUGGGCUGGAUCCUCAUCCAUGACAGGAAUCAAAUCUUCGGAAAAGGGGUAAGUCCUUCAGCCUCUCACUAAUUGCGUAUGUAAGGUCCUGUUUAUCUAUACACAAACAGUACACUACACCAGUGUUCCCUAACUGGCGGCCCAAGGGUGAUUUUAUUUGGCCCCCAAAGUUUUCUGAGCAAAUUCUAUUUUUGUGUUUUGUAUUUUAUUCACAUUUGAAUGUUGGACGUAAAACACUGUAAAAACACCUGCAAAUCAGCUCCAAGUGAUUUUAAUUUUGGAAAUCUGUUCCAAAGUAUUCCCACGCAUAAUAGAGAGAUAUACACUGAGUAUACAAAACAUUAAGAACACCUGCUCUUUCCAUGACAUAGACUGACCAGGUGAAUCCAGGUGAAAGUUAUGAUCCCUUAUUGAUGUCACUUGUUAAAUCCACUUCAAUCAGUGUAGAUGAAGGGGAGGACACAGGUUAAAUAAUGAUUUUUAAGCCUUGAGACAAUUGAGGUCUAGGUGCCAGGCGCACCGGUUUAUGUCAAGAACUGCAAUGCUGCUGGGUUUUUCAAGCUCAACAGUUUCCCGUGUGAAUCAAGAAUGGUCCACCAACCAAAGGACAUCCAGCCAACUUGACAUACAGUGCUAUGAAAAAGUAUUUGCCCCCUUUCUAAUUUUCUCUACUUUUGCAUAUUUGUGAUACUGAAUGUUAUCAGAUCUUCAACCAAAACCUAAUAUUAGAUAAAGGGAACAUAAGUGAACAAAUAACACAACAAUUACAUAUUUAUUUCAUUUAUUUCAUAAACAAAGUUAUGCAACACCCAAUUCCCCUGUGUGAAAAAGUAAUUGCCCCCUUAAAUUCAAUAACUUGUUGUGCCACCUUUAGCUGCAAUGACUCCAACCAAAUGCUUCCUGUAGUUGUUGAUCAGUCUCUCACGUCGCUGUAGAGGAAUUUUGGCCCACUCUUCCAUGCAGAACUGCUUUAACUCAGUGACGUGUGGGUUUUCAAGCAUGAACUGCUCGUUUCAAGUCCUGCCACAACAUCUCAAUUGGGAUUGUCUUGCUGCAUGACCCAGCUGCGCUUCAGCUUCAGCUCACAGACGGAUGGUCUGACAUUCUCCUGUAGAAUUCUCUGAUACAGAGCAGAAUUCAUGGUUCCUUCUAUUAAGGCAAGUUGUUCCAGGUCCUGAGGCAGCAAAGCAUCCCCAAACCAUCACACCACCACCACCAUGCUUGACCUUUGGUAUGAUGUUCUUACUGUGGAAUGCAGAGUUUGGUUUUCGCCAGGCAUUACUGGAACCAUGUCGUCCAAAAAGUUAUACUUUUGAAUCAUCUGUCCAUAGAACGUUCUUCCAAGAGUCUUGAUGAUCAUCCAGGUGCUUUUUGGAAAACCUGAGUCAACUUUUUGGACGAGAUGGGUCCCAUUAUGCCUGGCGAAAACCAAACACUUCAUUCCACAGUAAGAACAUCAUACCAAAGGUCAAGCAUGGUGGUGGUGGUGUGAUGGUUUGGGGAUGCUUUGCUGCCUCAGGACCUGGACAACUGAAAACCCACACGUCACUGAGUUAAAGCAGUUCUGCAUGGAAGAGUGGGCCAAAAUUCCUCCACAGCGACGUGAGAGACUGAUCAACAACUACAGGAAGCAUUUGGUUGGAAUCAUUGCAGCUAAAGGUGGCACAACCAGUUAUUGAGUGUAAGGGGGCAAUUACUUUUUCACACAGGGGAAUUGGGUGUUGCAUAACUUUGUUUAUGAAAUAAAUAUGUAAUUGUUGUGUUAUUUGUUCACUUAUGUUCCCUUUAUCUAAUAUUAGGUUUUGGUUGAAGAUCUGAUAACAUUCAGUAUCACAAAUAUGCAAAAGUAGAGAAAAUUAGAAAGGGGGCAAAUACUUUUUCAUAGCACUGUAACUGUGGGAAGCUUUGGAGUCGACAUGGACCAGAAUACCUGUGAAAUGCUUUUGACACCCUGUAGAGUCCAUGAAAUUAUUGUUUUAGUCAAAUAUUAUAUCUGUUUGGGCUUCUUGCGGUCAAUUUGCAGUCUACAAAUUAUUUGGAAUUAUGUUCCGGCCCCCUGACCAUCCACUCGAGAAAAAUCGGCCUGCGUCUGAAUCUAGUUGAUGAUACCUGCACUACACCAAUACUCACACAGUAAGAUGAAUCUGUGCAUGUCCUCUGGGGUUUGAAUCACUUCUUAUUUAUCUAAUCUGUCUCUCUUCUGCGUUUAGAUUCGUCAGGGUUUGGUUAAACUUAGCCAGAGGAUUCUGGGUGCCUGCACCAUUGUCCAGGGGGCGAUAGAGAGCAUUCUGAACGACACGCCCCAGGAGUUUUACCACAGAACCAUCAGUUUCCUCAAGGCGAGUCCCCCUCCCUUGAACCUUACCCAAUUACUUUAUAUACAGAUGAUAGUAGUGUAACAUAUUGACUUAUCUGGAUAUCUGUCUGUCUGACUGUCCUACUGACUUGUCUAUUGACUGGUUUCCUGCUUCUUUCUCAGUCAAACUCAGAGAUCUGUUUCUCUGAACUGUCCACUGUUCCUGGGCUGACCCCCGUGCUGCCAUCAGGUGCCAUGUACCUCAUGGUGAGUCUCAUGUGUCCAGAGCUGUAGGUGUGGAGUCGGUAGGUGGGGAGAUAACAGAACAGACCAGGAUACUUAGUGCGUGUCUUGGUAUUUCUAGGUGGGGAUUGAGAUGGAACACUUCCCAGAGUUCCAGAAUGAUGUGCAGUUCACUGAGCGUCUGGUGACUGAGCAGUCCGUAUUCUGCCUGCCUGCUACGGUAAAACAUCACACACACACAUCCAUCCAUCUAUCCAUCCAUCUAAUGGUCUCAUCCAUCCUUUUUGUCUACCAUGGGUGGAGAAAUGUCCUUGUUCUGUCUUUUACAACUCUCCUCUCCCUGCAGGCAUUUGAGUACCCAAAUUACUUCCGGAUCGUGGUGACCGUACCAGAGGAGAUGAUGGUGGAGGCUUGUGCACGGAUCCGGGAGUUUUGCCAGUGCCACUACAGACCCUGCAGCCAAGACAGCAACGAGCUGGACCAAUGAGAGACAGCCUGAGAAAGGGGGAGACCAGAGAGUAUAGACGCAGACAUGGACAAACGUGAAUGUGAAGAAAAGAGAACGGGAAGAGAGCGAGUGAAAGAAAGAAGAGAAACUAAGGAAGAGGAGUGAGAAGAUUAUGUUGCACUGCAGGAACAAAGGAUUUAGCAAUGUAAUUGGUGGUCGUCCAUCUUUGGUAAAUCCAAUGUAUGAGCAGACCUGAUAUUUAUAUUUUGUAUGGCUAUUUUAUGUUAACCUUACUUUGACUAAUUAUUUGACUUCAUGGUUGUACCAAUUCUCAAGGCUCCAGUGUUAUUUUAUAUGUUGGGUUGACCAGAACACCAUGGGGCUAUAGAACCAGGGACCGGGGGUUUACCCCCCUCCUCCCCUUUGUUCAAACCAUGAUGGGGUUCAUGGUUGGGUUGAUCCUACCAGGAAAAUAUAUGGAAAUCAAGCACCAGCAUGGAUCAGAUUACCUACAGUGCUUUUCAUAGUCUGUGUUACAUAUUCUUUCUAGCAUGUGUUAGGAUUAUGAUGACAUUCAGUGCAAUCUGUUAGAUUGCAUGCUCAACCAAAACCUUUCCUAUCUACUCGUUAAUCUAUCUUCAUGUAAUAUUGAAUGUUUUUGUUUUUACUUUUGUGUAAAAAACGUUAUUUAAACCAAAGUAAAGCUAUGAAAUACCUGUUUGUUUGUUGUGACUCAUUAGCUCAUGGUAAUAUAAAAACUAAAUCAAAGGAUUGAUCCACUCAUGAUUGAUUAUACAGUUUGUUAUUGAGGCCUACACCAAAUCCAGACAUUGGGAUUUGACCUGUGUUGACCUGUCCAUCAGUAAAGUUAUGUAACAGUUUAAGGGUUGAAUGGUGUGUCCAAUCAGUACAGAAUGGGGGUGCGCAUGGUUAGGGUUUCGUUCACUGGUCCUUUGUAUUUGACACGCCUGCAUGUACCCAGUGUUCAUGAUCAGGUGUAAAUCUUCAAAAGACUUCAAGAGAAUUAAAACAUUAAAACGUGAACACGAUAUUGAACGAUUUCAGUCUUGAGCUGUUGUCAUUUCAUACUUCAUGUAUAAUGUUUUGUAAAUGCUUUAUGUCCGUUUAUUCAGUACACUUAUAGAUUUUCUGCCAGAAAUGUAUCUUAUACUAAAAUGUUAUAUACCCCCUAGAAACAUCUUGAAUCACCUUCAGUUUCAAAGCGCUAUGAAGGCUCUCUUGGUUUUAAAGAAAACAAACAUCCUCACAAAUAAUAAAUAUUACAUUGGACUACUUCCCCUCUUACUACACGCAGAUACAUUUGUCAGUUUGACUAUCUGUACUGUAGAUACACUUCUGGUUCAAUGUUCUGCUUCUCAAGCUUAUUGUAAAAAAUGAAAAGUUGGUGUGAUGACUAACUAGCAUGAAAUCAUUCAUUGCUGAUACUAUAGCGCAGCCUACUGUUGGAUAUAUGUAUUGCAGUCUGGGACCUUCCUGAGCAGAUUCAACAUGGUCAUAUUAUUUGUCCUACAUCCAAGACUUGCAUACCUGAAUGUAUUUGCAUUGCAUUACCAAACACUUUAAAUUGAAUCUACACUAUUGUACAAUAUCACAGCUAUAUCUCACAGUGACCUGCAGCAGGCCUAUGUAAUCUCACACCUUUCCUACCACAUAUUGAUUGGGCAUGAGGACCCUGUAGUCCAGGUCUACAGUAUUUCCCCUCUGAAGAAAGUGUCCUUUAGGACAUUCUCCUUCAUCCCCUGAGUCUUUACAACAGCCCUCAUUUACUGAGUGUACACUUCUUACAUAGUUAAAUGAUUAACUAGAAAGAUAAGGAGGCAAGAGAAACAAGUCUCUGAGUGACCUGCAGCUGGA